GGCUCGGUGCUGGAAUUCUCUGGUCAGCCCAGGGUUCCUACUUCGCGCAAGCUUCCAAGCUUCUUGCGGCUGAGGGAGAAGAGAAGGCCGUCACUGCGAGGCUCUCAGGAGUCUUUGCCGUUCGCUACCUCGCUUGGGAGUUUGCCGUGAAGCUCUUAGUCUCCUUGGUCCAGUCCUUGCAGCUGGAAGGGCUUUCCAUCGCG